AUGUCUUGUAACAACUUGGUUUUUAAUGGAGAGUACAUGCAUAUGCGUUGUUGUGCGCCCAUCUUAAAUAUCAUUGUUAGUGAGGGGUUGAGUGAUUUGGACAUGUCAAUUUUAAGGCUUCGUGCUACUGUGAAAUAUGCUAGGUCUUCUCCUCUUAGGUUUGCGAAAUUUAAAGCAUGUGUAGAACGGUCAAACUCUGAAUACAAAGGUCUAGUUUGUCUUGACGUGGAAACUAGGUGGAACUCAACAUAUUUAAUGUUAGACUCGGCUUUGAAGCAUCAAAAGGCAUUUGAAGUGCUUGAAAUUCAUGAUCCCAAGUAUUUGUUUUACGAUGCCACCUUACGAAUAUCUGGUUCCUCCUAUGUUGCCUCUAAUAUGUAUAUGUUAGAGGUUUUUGGAAUAGGUGAAAAAAUACUUAAAAUGUGCAACUCCAAGGAUAUGUGCUUAAAAGUAAUGGCUGAUAGGAUGAAAACAAAGUAUGACAAAUAUUGGGGAAAAUAUGAAAAUUUGAACAUGUUGUUGUUGAUUUCUUCUGUCUUAGACCCCAGGAACAAAUUAAAGUUUGUCAAUUGGUUGAUCACUCAGAACUUUAAUUCAUUUGAUGCAACCAAAUUAAAAGAUUUGUUGAAAACUCGUUUGGAUGAACUAAUUCUGGAGUAUAGUGGUGUUGGAGAAGGAUUCCAAAGUGAAUCACAAUCGACUGAAUUUGAUUUAAGUGGUAAGGAAGAUCUUUAUAGUUAUAAUAGAUUUUUAAUGAGCACUGGUUCGUCCUCUACUGAAAAGUCUGAUUUGGAAAGGUACUUGGAAGAAUCUUUAGAGAGUCGGUCAUCUACCAACUUUGAUGUUUUAAACUGGUGGAGGUUAAACUCAAGCCGUUUUCCAAUUCUUGCAAAGAUAGCCAAAGACUUGCUUGCCAUACCUAUCUCCACAGUGGCCUUUGAGUCUAGUUUUACUACCGGAGGACGAGUGAUUGACGAAUACCGGAGUUGUCUCACACCUCAAACGGUUGAAGCUCUAGUUUGUACUGCUAGUUGGCUUAAAGGAUUGCGUAAACCGUCUUCAAUAAGUGAUUCACUUUUAGUUGAGGAUUUCAAGGAGCUUGAGAUUUUAGAGGAAUGGACUCUGACUUUUAGAGAAGGGCUUUUAGGACGUAUAGCUUACAUAAAAUUACAUGUGAGGUAUGAAUUGAAUUUAAAUUACAUUAAAUUUGAAGUGAUUAGGGAAAUUUAUGAGAAUGAAAAUUUCAACUUGGAUGCAGAGGAUGCAAAGUUUGGAUUUUUCAAUUUCAAUUUGAAGCCACGGCUGCUAAUGAAAAUAGUGCUGCAAGUGGAUGUACAUGAUGACAAAACAAAGAAAAAAGCCAUAAAGGCAAUCUCCAAUAUAUAUUUCAGUGUCCAUGGAUUUGAAGGAGCAGAAAUUAACCUUAACUGGAGACAUAGUAUUGUUGGCUUCAUGCUUGAAGACUUAAUUUCUCUGUAUAAGGACAAAGAGAGGACAUGA